AUGUUUGAACCUUCGCCAUUCCUGGAGCCAAAUGCCACCACUUCAACAGGCGAUUUGGCAAUUGUUCUUCUCUCCCGAGAUAAUCUUCAACCCGUCACUCUUGAACAGUCAACUGGCGCAGUUGAUGGCUACCUCGAAGGCGUAACGCUAAAUACGCGAUUCGGUUCUUUCCCUCACUCGACUCUUCUCGACAUCCCUUGGGGAUCUCAAGUGCGCGCAUCCAAUGUAGACACUGGCUCAAGAGGACGAAAGCGCCGACACGAGGCUACAGACGAAGAAACACCAACAACGACUGGUCCAGACGACGAGGGCACAGAUGUAGUUUCCAAGCCUGCAAAGAAAGCUGUUGCUGCAGCCAGUGGUUUCAUUCAUAUUCUCCGACCGACUCCCGAACUCUGGACGAGCAGUUUGCCUCAUCGAACUCAGGUCGUCUACACACCCGACUACAGUUACAUCCUUCAGAGGAUACGAGCCGUCCCUGGCACACGCAUCAUCGAAGCAGGAGCAGGCAGUGGCAGUUUUACUCAUGCCUCUGCGCGGGCUGUAUACAAUGGGUACCCGAAGGACGAGAUUGAGCAGAGAGGAAAGGUUUUCAGUUUCGAGUACCACGAGCCCCGAUACAACAAAAUGCAAGAAGAGAUCCACGAGCAUAAGUUGGAUGGCAUUGUACAACUGACACAUCGUGAUGUUUACGGUGAGGGUUUCAAUGUGGAUGGCAAAUCUCCUCGUGCUAGCUCUGUCUUUCUUGACCUACCUGCCCCUUGGGAGGCACUUCACCACCUCUCCCGACAAAAACCAGCGAAGUUGACGAAGGGAGACGAGGAUGCUGAGACAUCCGAAUGGGUCUCGCCUCUCGACCCCAAGAGGAGUGUUCACAUUUGUACCUUUUCUCCCUGCAUAGAGCAAGUCACACGAACGAUCGAGGAGCUUAGACUACUAGGCUGGACAGAUAUCGACAUGGUGGAAAUUUCUGCUCGAAGGAUCAACACUGUACGUGAGCGAGUCGGAGCGAAUCUCCCUGCCGAAAGGGGCACUGUUCAGACACCAGCAGAUGUGAAGGAAGCCAUGAAAAGGCUCAAGGAGAUCAACCGAAAGACCAAAGAAUUUCACAAGGUGCAUGUCAAGUCGACAAAUGGUGAUGACGACUCUUCAGCAAUGGAUGUCGAUACCCCGGCAUCAAACUCCUCCAAGCCCAACACCAAUGGAAAGGAUGUUGAGGACGACAGCAAACCAUGGAUGAGUGGAAGACUCUACCACAGACCUGAGACGGACCUCAAAACUCACACAUCAUAUCUCACCUUUGCUGUUCUCCCUCGAGAGUGGACCGAGGAGGAUGAAGCAGCAGCUUGGGCAAAGUGGCCCUGCGGAAAGGAGGGUGGAGUGAUUGGGAGCCUCAACAGGCAGGCUCGCAAGCAGCAGACACGGGAGAAGUUGGCAGCAAACAAAAACAAGAAGCAGAAGCAAGAAAGUGAUACCCAGAGAGAGGGAGAGGCCGAGGUGGCCGCAGAGAUGCAAUAA